UGAAGUGUUUUUAUUCGUCAGAGGAGGAUAAAAAUAAAAUUUAUUUAAUGCAACAAACAUUAAAUGCUGAAACUUAGACACGUGUUUAAAUAUCUUCGAUCAGUACCACAACUAAAGCCAGUUUGUUUUUCUCCUUUUCAGAAACAGUUGAUUUAUUCAUUUUAUAGUUCCAGAAAAAUGUCUUAUAAUAUUGUGGAAAGAGGUAGUCCAAAUACUGUUGGCUACAGAUUGUUUUUCUGUGAUGAAAGUGGACCAAUAUCGCCUUUCCAUGACAUUCCACUUUUUGCUGACAAAGAGAAUAGGUUUUAUAACAUGAUUGUUGAAGUACCUAGGUGGACAAAUGCAAAAAUGGAGAUAGCAACUAAAGAAACUAUGAAUCCAAUUAAACAAGAUACCAAAAAAGGUGCACUUAGAUAUGUCCAUAAUUGUUUCCCACAUCAUGGUUAUAUUUGGAAUUAUGGAGCAUUACCUCAGACCUGGGAAGAUCCAAAUAAUACUGAUGAAGCUACAGGAUGCAAAGGUGAUAAUGAUCCUAUUGAUGUUUGUGAAAUUGGUUUUAGGGUAGCUAAAAGAGGAGAAGUUCUUCAGGUUAAAAUUUUAGGUGUUAUGGCUCUAAUUGAUGAAGGUGAAACAGAUUGGAAAUUGAUUGCGAUUGACAUAAAUGAUCCCUUGGCAGAGGAGCUUAACGACAUUGAAGAUGUUGAGAAACAUAUGCCUGGAUUCUUAAGGGCUACACACGAAUGGUUCAGAAUUUAUAAAAUGCCUGCAGGAAAUCCAGAGAAUAAAUUUGCCUUUAAUGGAGAACCUAAAAAUAGGGAAUUUGCUGAAAAAGUAAUUGAAGAAACUCAUAGGUUUUGGCAGAAAUUAAUAAAUAAUGAAACAGAUGCAAAUGGGUUGAAUUGUGCCUGUGUAGCAAUUGAAGAUAGCCCUUACAGAAUAAAUGUUGUUGACGCUUUGACUGCUCUUCAGCAAACGGAAGAACCAGGACCAGCAGAGGACAUAGAUACUAUUGUGGACAAGUGGCAUUUUGUACAAUUGAAGUAAUACUAAGAGCAGGCAUUCCUCUGAAGCAAGAGAAAAAAAAAAAAGCCCUCCACCAAAAGAAAAACCUAUGUAAUGGAAUGGUAUAAGAGUAAUUUAUAACUUUCAUAAUCUCUUUGAUUUGAAUAAGUUUUUUUAUUUCUGUAAAUUACCCAGUUAACUAUAUUUUUUAUAAGGAAAUUGAAUAUAUUGUAUAUAAACCAGAUCAAUUUUCACUUGAUUAAUGAUAAGUGAUUAUUCCUAAUAAUCUUGUUUUAAACUUAUUUCAAGAAAUGAAUGUUAUAUAUUUGGUUAAAGAACUUCAUAAAAUGUGAUAUUGUUUCUUUGAUACUGACAGCUGAUUUAUUACAUUGCUCUCUGAAUAUUAACUUUUGGUUGUGAAAAAGCCAUGACAAUGUUUUUUGUGUCUUUAAGUCAGUGAAGACAUCGAAAAAAAUAAAAGGAUUUUUA